GGCGGGCAUGCGCGAGCGCCCCACUAACAUGGCGGCGGCGGCGUGAAUCCCGGCGGCGGGGGCUGCGCGCUACUUGACAGACCCACGAGCCGCUGGUGGCGCGCGAGGAAGCGGGCGGCUCCUCCACCCCCCCCCCUCCGGUCCCCAGCCCGGAAACUGUUGUGCUGAAAGGAAGAAUUAACUGGUUUUUCAACUUCAGGCUUUUUAUUGUGAGAAGGAAGAUCACAUAAGUGUUACCAUGGGGAGAACAGCAGCUAAAGAUUCAAAGAAUGUUAAAAAGGAGAAACAUGGGAAGAGUCAGCAGUCAAACAACGUGUCUUUAAAAAAUGAACACUUUAAGUGGGAUAAUUACUUGAAAGAGACUGGAUCGCUAGCUGCUCCUCCACAUUGUUUCAGACAGUCUAGGAUCCCACCUAGCAAUGAUUUCAAAGUUGGUAUGAAACUGGAAGCCCACGACCCACGCAAUGUUACCUCAGUGUGUAUAGCUACAGUAAUUGGAAUCACUGGUGCCAGAUUAAGGUUACGGCUUGAUGGAAGUGACAACAAAAAUGACUUUUGGAGGCUUGUGGAUUCUUGUGACAUACAGCCAAUUGGGACCUGUGAAAAGAAAGGGGGGAUGCUCCAGCCGCCACUCGGUUUCCAGAUGAAUGCAUCAUCUUGGCCAAUGUUUCUGUUAAGAACACUAAAUGGAGCUGAAAUGGCACCUGCAGCAUUCUUUAAGAAGGAACCACCAAAACCUGCUCCAAACUAUUUUAAAGUUGGAAUGAAACUUGAAGCAGUAGACAAAAAGAACCCUUAUUUAAUUUGCCCAGCGACCAUCGGAGAUGUUAGAGGAGAUGAAGUUUUCGUUACAUUUGAUGGCUGGAGGGGAGCAUUUGACUAUUGGUGCAAAUAUGAUUCUCGAGAUAUCUUCCCAGUCGGAUGGUGUGGCUUGACAGGAGAUGCACUACAGCCACCAGGCAACUAUGUUUCCAUUAUAAAAAGAGGUGCAAAAGCCCAGUCUUCCCCUUCCAAAGUAACCCGGCGUUCAAUGCAGUCUCCACAGAAGUCUGCUCCAGUGCCACCACAAUGUGGCAGGAAAACAAGUCGGGGCAACCCCCCUGGACAAUCUACAAUUCCUAGGAAGGGAAGAUCUCCUAAAGCCAUUCCUCUGACAAAAAACACCUCUACUGAAAAUCUCAAAACAAGGAAAAAAGGUUUAAAACCUGGAAGAAAGAAAAAAAUCCUGCCAGUGAAAUCUCCUCCUGCACCUUCUUCUCCACUUACUUCUCCUGAGGGGGACAAUGGCAGUACACAGAUACAUAAAGAUGGAAUUGGCAUUGCUGGUGCAACAGCAGCAGUUAUAUCCACAGUUUGCGUCUAUGUUAACAAGCAUGGGAACUCUGGACCUCACCUGGAUAAGAAGAAAGUUCAGCAGCUUCCAGACCACUUUGGGCCAGGUCCUGUAAAUGUGGUACUUCAGCAGGCUGUGCAGGCCUGUGUAGACUGUGCCUAUCUAUCCAAAACAGUCUUUGGAUUCCUCAAGUCAGGGCAUCAUGGAGGGGAGAUGAUAACAGCUGCCUUUGACGGGGAGAAACACGCCAUCAAUCUUCCUUCUGUAAAUAGUGCAUCGUUUGUCCUGCGUUUCUUGGAGAAGCUCUGCCACAGUCUGCAGUGUGAUAAUCUUUUUAGUAGCCAGCCCUUCAGCCCUUAUAUGGGGAGUGCACAUAGUCCUAUGGAAUAUGAUAGGAACAAACCAGGUGCUGUUGAGUCUGGUGCAGGACCACCCAUCAACACCAGAGGGUCAUCAUGGUGCCAAAGGAAUAGUGGUGUCAUCAACCCCGGAGGUGUUUGCAACAGCCAGGGGACCAGAUGGCUCUCUUGGUAUCACCCACUCUUGCGGGCAAAAGAGGAAAUUUCAGAAAACAGAAGUACUAAACGAUAUUCUCAGGAUUCUCCGCCCUACACUGCCCCUCUCUCUCCUAAACUCCCCAGACCUGACGCUCACCCAUCUGAAGCAGAAACAUUGCCAACUGAAGAACAUGGCACUGCCAAAGAACACCGAUUUUCUGAGGACUCUGUGGAUUCUGCGCUCAAUUCAGUAAAUCCUGCAAGCCCAACCUGCCGAAAUUCCACUGAAUAUCGUACCUCAGGGAGUGCAGCAUAUUAUAGAAAUUCCCUUCAGCCAGUGACUGCUGCUUCAAACUCAGCCCCAGUCCUACACAGGCUGUCAUCAAGCUCUGCUGGGAACAGCAGUUACUAUGAAGUCAAUAGGAAUCGAAUGCAGAGGAGGAUUGAAGCUGCAAGUUCUACAACAGGUCCUGAUCUCAGUGCACUAAAAAGGGAACCCUCACGAGUACCAAAUAAGGAUCCUUCUACCUGGUCAAUAGAUGAAGUAAUGCAAUUUGUGAAAGAAGCUGAUCCUCAGGCAUUAGCACCCCAUGCAGAACUCUUCAGGAGACACGAAAUUGAUGGAAAGGCACUACUGUUACUAAGGAGCGAUAUGAUAAUGAAAUAUAUGGGACUGAAGUUGGGGCCAGCAUUAAAGCUAUGCUACCAUAUUGAGAGACUUAAACAAGGAAAGUACUAGCCAGUGGAGACAAUGUAAUGUACGUAUUCAUAUCAGACUUAACUCUCAGGUUCACAUACAUGUUCUUUAUUUAAGAAUAUUUUGUCAUCAUAAACAGUCUUCAGUUUGCAAAAGUUUCCUCUCAAAAUGUGAUAAAAUAUUUACUGCCAAGUGAAAAAGACUGUUACAUUCUGGUAUUCUAACAACUGUUUUAGAAACGUCACACAGAAAGCCAGUUGGUGUUGUGUGUUUUUUAAAAAGCAAUGCUUUCCUGAGUACUAACUUCACACAGAGUGCCGAGAAAUCCAUUCUCUGCUACAGACUUCAGCUGACACAUUCACAUUCAGAACCAAAACAGCUUAAUCCCAAAGGAAAAAAUCUGCAUCAGGUGUUCACUUUUACAGGGGUGGCUGUAAAACUUUACAUUAUAAGAAAAUUUUAAAGAAGCAGCAGUAGACUUCAUCUCUUUAGUGAAUACUCUUUGUCUGGUGCUCCAGAAAAGUAAUAUUCAUCUGAAUUAUGCUAUCCAGAUUUCCAUAAAGGGAAUAGCCAUAUGAAUUGUUUGAUCUGUGUGUUUUUAAUACAAAUAUAAGCUUUUAUAAAGUGUGGUUAUCAGUUCUCUGGUGAAUUAUGAGAACAAAUAUACAGUAUGUUGUCAAUUUAUGCAGGCAAUAUUUCUGUUUCAUGGAGGGGGCAUUUUCUUGGCCAUUUUAAACAGCCAACUGUUCUGGGGUGAAUGGACUUCCAGAUUUCUGUGGAACAAAAGACCCACAUUUUAAACAUUCCGUUCUUUUGCUGAACUUGGCAUGGAUAUUUGUAUUCAUGCUUAUGUGUAUAUAUAUGUGUGUGCGAGUGUGGUACAUACAUAUAUACUGUACAUAUGUAUUCAGUUUUUUAAAAAUGUGUUUAAAAUAUACUUUGCACUGUGACAGAGAUAAUGAGAAACUGUACAAUUCAGUUUUUUUACCAGUAAAUUUUUUGUGUACUUCUAUAUUCAUUAGCACUUGUCCACUUUGCUUUCCAUUCCUGGAGGGUAAGGAACAAUCAAUGGAUGGGUGGAUUCAAACAGGGGAGUGCCCUGUACUAUGCAAAACUCCUGGUUACUUAUUACUUAGCUCUGAGCCGUUUAUUCUGGUAUGGUUUCUGGAAAUAUGCAUUUUGGUUCUGAUGUUUCUUGUUCUUUGACUUCUUUAAAUUAAAUAUUUCACUUGUCAUGAAGAAGUAGUACUCAUACUAAUACUCUUGUUUUGCAUAAAACUUGGUGCUGUUUUUAUAAGCUACAGAAGUGAGUGUUGAUAAUAAAACAGCUUGCGAUCACUGCCAAUAAAAUAUACAUCAGGGACAAGAAUGUACAUUUUCUGUGUAGGAAAUCGAAUGUACUGUAUGUAAUAGUGCAAGUGAGAAUAAAGAACUAUUUACUAGGGAAGAUGUAGUCCUAAAAGGAUAGGUUUUAUUAUAUUUCUUAUUGUCUUUUUAUAUAUGAAAGCUUCUAGUAAAAAAUGUGUAUUUUUUACAAAUUUCUUGUUUGAAAAUGCCUUGCUUAUUGCUAGCUUAAUAUUCCUCAGGUUUUAGCAGAAAUACUGCAAAAUCAUAUUUUGUAGUUCUCAGCUUUCCAAGUAGUCAUUUAAAGAACUACAGCACAAUUUUAAUUGAGAAGUUCAUUUGUCUUUGAGGAUUGUUUUGCUCUGCUAUCACAAAACAUUUAACACUAAGGGUUAUGUGGUUUGGGUUACUUUACAUAUCCUUUGUGCACAUGUGUGUUUAGAUGGACAGUACACACAUGCCUGCUUUAUAUCUAGAAAAGGGCAAAACAAUGAUGGAGAAAUAUCUAGUAUAUUUGUUAUAUAUUGCUUAUGCCACACUUCAUCAAUAUAUUAAGCAUUAUGCUGAAUUUUUAACGUGAAUGAGUAAUAACACUCUCUCAUAAAAUUGUAUUGGAAGUAAUUUGGUCUGAAACUAUAUUAUUGCAUUGUCCAAAUAGUUGGUAUACAUGAAGAUGUUUAUGUUGUCUGUUUUUUACAACAUCCAUAUAGAACAAUGAGGUUUUAGCCUCUUUUUCAUACACUCCAUGGCUGUGGUAGAAAUAUUUGUACAAAGUUUGUGUGCACAUACAUACAUGCACAUGAAAUGCUAGAAUGUCCUAGUACUAGAGUUUUACAUUGUAUUAUAGCAUGAGAUCCAAGCAGUGUAACAGAAUUUAUUUUUAAUUGUUUAUUUUCAACUGGAUGUUCUGAUCUAAAAUAAUUAAAAAAAAUUUGUUCA